GUCCUCGGAUCGCAAGCGAAAGUCCUCGGUCUCUGAGAAGCCGGAGAAGAGAAAGAGGGAUGCUUCAAAAGAGAAGGGCAAGGAGAAGAAAGAGGAGAAGGCAAAGAGCAAAGCCAAGGAGAAGGACAAGAAGCCUAAAGAGGAACCUAAAGAGAAAGCCGUCAAGGCAGCGAAGAAGUCGAAGGCAGAGAUCAAUGCUGCGAAAGCAGAGGCAGCACCUUCGCCAGCUUCGAUGUCUUCCUCUGACCUGAAAGGCCUCGCCAAGAAGGAAGAGGCCGCAGCGGAUGCUGCAGAAAUUGCGGCAAACCUGAAGAAGGUUCAGGAGAAGGAGCUGGCCGAAAAGCAGCGGCUGGCUGAAGAGGCUAAGCAGCGGGAAGCCGAAGAGGCUGAGCGAAAGCUUCGGGAGCAGAAGCUGAAAGCCGAGAUGGAGAGGAAAAAGAAGGAGAGAGAGGAGCGACAGAAAGAGCAAGCAAGGAAAGCGGAAGCAGCAAAGCGUGCAGCCUCUGAGAAGAAGCGCAAGGAGUCUAAGCCACCUCCAGCGAAGACGGCGAGCAAGAAGGCAGUGCUCAAGGCAGCCACCGAGGUGGAGGAAGCAAAGUGCAGCAGCGAGGAGGAGAGCAGCGACGAGGAUGAAGAGGAGGAGGAAGAGGAGGAGGAAGAAGAGGAAGAGGAGGAGGAUGAAGAGGAGACCUCCGAGUCUCGGCCGCGGAAGAAGGCGAAGAAUGGAAAGGACAACGCGAAGGACUCCAAGAAGAAGCAGAGCGAGAAGAAGGACAAGAAGGACAAGUCGAGCCAAGAGCGGAAGAAGCGGACGGAGGAGCUCAUAAAGCAGAAGCUGAAGGAAGCCAUGAGGAAGAAGAUGGCAGCGAAAGCCAAGGAAGCAAAGAAGGAGAGCAGCGACAGCGACGAGGAGGAAGACGAAGGAAGCAGCUCGUAG